GAAUCUAACCCAACGUAAAGAGAUCGAUGACGCUCGCAAAUGAGAAUCUAAUCAUUUAAGAAUAAAUGCUUAAAUGCGGGAGAGGAGUGUGGAAGAUUUGCCGGGUCUCCUCCGUCAAGAGCCAACUAUCUCUCUGUGACUUUGGCUCUGCAUGGCUGCCCCUCGCUGUUCUCGUUUGUUGCUUCUUUACCAUACUCUGUUCUUCUCGACAUCACUGAUCCUCUCUGCAGCUUCAGUACCCGCGCCUCAGUCCUACAACCACCACCCAGAAGAAGAUGACACGCCCAUCACUCGGUUCCAGCGAUACCUCAGAAUCAAGACCGCACAUCCAGAACCCGAUUAUUCUUCAGCUGUCUCCUUUCUUACAUCUCAAGCACAUUCCAUUGGCAUCCAACAUCAAGUUCUAGAGUUCUCUCCCGGUAAGCCCCUUCUUCUCCUCACAUGGCCUGGCUCCGAUCCUUCUCUUCCUUCUCUUCUCUUCAAUUCCCACCUUGACUCCGUCCCUGCCGAGCCCUCCAAGUGGAUCCACCCGCCGUUCGCUGCCGUCCGUACGCCCGACGGGAGAAUCUAUGCCCGUGGAGCUCAGGACGAUAAAUGCAUUGCGAUGCAAUAUUUAGAGGCGAUUCGGAAUCUGAAAGAGAAGGAUUUCACGCCUACCCGCACGAUUCACUUUUCCUAUGUGCCGGACGAGGAGAUUGGUGGGUUUGAGGGAGCUGCCAAGUUUGUGGAUUCGAAGGAGUUUGAGGAUUUAAAUGUUGGGUUUAUGUUGGAUGAAGGACAGGCCUCGCCUGGUGAUGAAUUUAGGGUGUUCUAUGCGGAUAGGACGCCAUGGGAAGUGAAAAUUAAAGCGAAAGGACCACCUGGGCAUGGGUCGAGGAUGUAUGAUAAUAGUGCGAUGGAGAACUUGAUGAAGAGUUGUGAGGUUAUAAGUAAGUUUAGAGAGAGUCAGUUUGAUGUCGUCAAGUCCGGUGAAGCUGCUAAUUCCGAAGUUAUUUCGAUUAACCCCGUUUAUUUGAAAGCCGGGGUUCCUUCACUAACUGGAUUUGCAAUGAAUGUGCAGCCUUCAGAAGCUGAAGCAGGUUUCGAUCUUAGGCUACCCCCUACUGCUGAUCCAGAAGAAAUGAGAAGAAGGAUUGCAAAAGAAUGGGCACCAGCCACCAGAAACUUGUCAUAUGAGAUAAAAGAGAAGGGACCCAUUAGAGACAACAUGGGACGCCCCAUGAUGACCCGAACUGAUGAUUCCAAUCCAUGGUGGUUAGUUUUCGAGCAGGCUAUCACAUCAGCUGGAGGAAAACUUGCGAAGCCUGAAAUUCUUGCUUCAACAACUGAUUCUAGAUAUGUUAGACAGAAAGGAAUUCCUGUUCUUGGCUUCUCACCAAUGACAAAUACUCCCAUACUGCUUCAUGACCACAAUGAGCACCUACAAGAUACUGUGUACAUGAGGGGGAUCAAGAUAUACGAGUCUGUGAUAAGUUCCUUGAGCUCAUCCACGGAAUCUUCAACGAGGUGACGGCAUUUGUUUCUUCAUGAGAAGCAUCCUCCACUGCGUAGGAUUUGGAGAAAAAAGAGAAAAACAGUGUCUGCAUCGUCUUUCAUUUGAUCCCUUUUCCUUUCAAGAUCCAAAGUCUUACCUUUGAAUUAACCACAAUAAAUUCACUUUAAUGAGGAGUUCAAGAUUGGAAACACCUUUUUUCAAUUAGAAUUUAUGAACAUUUCUAGUUCAAAGAUCAAUUUUAUUAUUAUUAUUUUUCCCUUAA